AUGGCUGGUGGUUACACUUGUGCCCAAUGCCUCCAGGUGAUUCGCCAGGGAGUCAGAGCACCUAGUGCUUCAGCUCGCCUGCAGAGUCUUGCCCAUUCGCGCCGCAGAUUUGCAGUUACUCCAGCAUGGACUCGCAGCUUUGGCUCCGGCCCUGAGCGUCCUAACCGUCCCUUGGGUACUGCUUUGCCGGAACAGGGUAAAACUAAUGUCAAGCCUGCCCCGAAGGUCACCUCAUGCUGUUCAGGCCCAUCAGUCGCCAACCGAGCUGCCUCAACAUCCCCAGGACCCUCCGCCGAUACACGAGCUUACUUGAAUCCUGAUAAUCUCUACCAUUCAUUCUCCAACUCGCCUUCUUCUGCUAUCCGCAAGCGCGCCGACUUCAUUAAGCAAAAUGCCUUCUCCACCAACAGACCCGUGUCCCUGAAUCCCCCCCAUGAUCCGGAAGCACGAAAGAGCACAGACGCGUCCAGUUUACCCCCAGCCCACUCGCACUUCGAAUGUCCCGACUGUGGUGUGCCAAUCUACUGCUCUGAGGGCCAUUGGAUGGAUGACUUCGAGUCCCAUCUUGAGGUCUGUGAGACUAUUCGUCAGAUCAACGAGGAUGACCACGACUUGCACUCUGGUCGCUAUUUCCAUGAAUUCAACUACCCCGGUGUUCAGGAUGAUAACUUUGUUAUCAACAUGACUAACUGGGAUACCUACCUCUACACCCGCGAGUUUGAUGCGAUCAACUCCGACCGCUCUAUGCGCCAGGUCACUCGUAUGCUCACCUUCCCACAGACCAUUGCUAGUGUUCUGCAUGAGUUGAGCCCGUACAAUGUGCGAGGCAAGAACCGCAUGACUGCUGAGGGAUUGAAGAGUUUCAGCGCCCUUCGAUACUCCCUGCACCCUCCUCGCACUGGUGAAGAUGUCGACGUUAAAGGUCUCCGCUUGAAGGCACCCCCAGUCCGAAUCUUCCUUCUUGGUGCUCGAGCCGAGUCUUCCUUGCCCCGUGAAGUGUGGCUGCAACUCCAAUACAUGUUCCCCCGGUCCCUCCUGCACCUCAUCUUCAUCGGACCCGAGAGCAUGGCCAACCGUGACGGGGAGUACCCAUUGCCCGAGCGCACACCCGAGAACCCAUUCGGCGGUAUUGUUGAGGAUCGUCUGGGUGGCCAGAUGAAGAUCACUACUUACGUCGACUACUUCCACACCAUGUACAAGGCAAACUACUUCCAGCCUUUCGACCCCUACCUGGACGUCUUUAUGCUCUUCCAUCCUGGACUGGGUCACCCGGCUAGCUCACACGAGUGGGAGGAGACUCUGCCGCAGUUGCUUGAGACUAAGGUUCCUAUUCUUUGCACUGGGUACACACAGUGGGAUAUGGAGCGUGAUAUUAACUGGGUUAAGGAGAAGUGUGCUGGAGAGUUCGAUGUUCUCCUUGAGCCUGGUGAGAAUAUCUUCCGUAGUUUGCGUUGGGAUUUGAAUGACCUGGACCCGCAUGAUGUUUCUUGUGGUAACUGGGGUUUGUGGGCAUUCCGAGGCAAGAGAUAUGAGGCCACAUUCAAAUCUGAGGAUUAG